CCUCGCAUUCGAGCAGCACCGCGGAGCAGUGCACUGUAACUUUAAGGAAAUGCACUUGCAGCCAUUUUCUGCUCUUUGUGUUACAGGGAUUAGUGUACAACAGGCAUUGUUGCUAGACUAGAGCAUCACUUGAACAAGCCUAAUUUAAAAUACUAACCAGGGAACAUAAGGAAGACACUGCAUUUCACCAGCUUCCAUAUCGGGCAUGCAAAAAGCAGAUUAAGAGUCCUAUGUUGCUAAGCUGUCACCAUGACGACCCACGUGACCCUGGAAGAUGCCCUGUCGAACGUGGACCUGUUGGAGGAGCUGCCUCUUCCAGACCAGCAGCCAUGUAUCGAGCCCCCUCCCUCAUCCAUCAUGUACCAGGCUAACUUCGAUACCAACUUUGAAGACAGAAAUGCAUUUGUUACAGGGAUUGCCAGAUACAUUGAGCAGGCCACUGUUCACUCCAGCAUGAAUGAGAUGCUGGAGGAGGGCCAUGAGUACGCCGUCAUGUUGUACACGUGGAGAAGCUGUUCAAGGGCCAUUCCUCAGGUGAAGUGCAACGAACAGCCCAACCGUGUGGAGAUAUAUGAGAAGACAGUGGAAGUGCUGGAACCGGAGGUUAAUAAACUGAUGAAGUUCAUGUACUUCCAGCGCAAAGCCAUUGAGCGGUUCUGCAACGAGGUGAAGCGUUUGUGCCAUGCCGAGAGGAGGAAGGAUUUUGUGUCCGAGGCCUACCUCCUGACCCUGGGGAAGUUCAUUAACAUGUUUGCAGUGCUCGAUGAACUGAAAAACAUGAAGUGCAGCGUGAAGAACGACCACUCUGCUUAUAAGAGAGCGGCCCAGUUUUUAAGAAAGAUGGCUGACCCCCAGUCCAUUCAGGAAUCUCAAAAUCUCUCCAUGUUUCUGGCUAACCAUAACAGAAUAACACAGUGUCUUCACCAGCAGCUUGAGGUGAUCCCAGGCUAUGAAGAGCUGCUAGCUGACAUUGUGAAUAUCUGUGUGGAUUACUAUGAAAACAAGAUGUACCUGACGCCCAGCGAGAAACACAUGCUUCUGAAAGUCAUGGGGUUUGGACUAUACCUGAUGGAUGGCAACGUGAGCAAUAUUUACAAACUGGAUGCCAAAAAGAGGAUCAAUCUUGGUAAAAUUGACAAGUUUUUCAAGCAGUUACAGGUGGUCCCUCUGUUUGGUGACAUGCAGAUCGAGCUUGCCAGAUACAUUGAGACCAGCGCUCACUAUGAGGAGAACAAAUCCAAGUGGACCUGCACACAGAGCAGCGUCAGCCCUCAGUACAACCUCUGUGAGCAGAUGGUCCAGAUUCGGGACGAUCACAUCCGCUUCAUCUCAGAACUGGCCCGCUACAGCAACAGCGAGGUUGUGACUGGAUCAGGACUGGACAGUCAGAAAUCGGAUGAAGAAUACAGAGAACUCUUUGACCUGGCCCUUAGGGGGCUCCAGCUGCUUUCCAAAUGGAGUACCCAUGUCAUGGAGUACUCGUGGAAAUUGGUGCACCCCACUGAUAAAUUCUGUAACAAAGACUGCCCAGGCACAGCAGAGGAGUAUGAGAGAGCCACCCGGUACAACUACACCAGCGAGGAGAAGUUUGCUCUUGUGGAGGUGAUUGCCAUGAUAAAAGGGCUCCAGGUCCUGAUGGGGAGGAUGGAGAGUGUUUUCAACCAGGCCAUUCGGAACACCAUCUACUCUGCGCUGCAGGACUUCGCACAGAUGGCCCUGAGGGAGCCCCUGAGACAGGCUGUGAGAAAAAAGAAAAACGUCCUCAUAAGUGUUCUUCAGGCAAUUCGAAAGACAAUCUGUGACUGGGAGGGUGCCCGGGAGCCCCCCAAUGACCCCUGUUUGAGAGGAGAGAAGGACCCCAAAGGAGGCUUUGACAUUAAAGUUCCCCGGCGUGCUGUUGGGCCUUCAAGCACACAGCUGUACAUGGUGAGGACCAUGCUGGAGUCUCUCAUUGCGGAUAAGAGUGGCUCCAAGAAGACCCUGAGAAGCAGCCUGGAUGGGCCCAUAGUCCAGGCUAUUGAAGAGUUCCACAAACACUCCUUUUUCUUCACCCAUCUGCUCAAUUUCAGCGAAGCCCUGCAGCAGUGCUGUGACCUCUCCCAGCUCUGGUUCCGAGAGUUCUUCCUGGAGCUGACGAUGGGGCGUAGAAUCCAGUUCCCAAUCGAGAUGUCCAUGCCUUGGAUUCUGACAGACCACAUUCUUGAGACCAAAGAGCCUUCCAUGAUGGAGUAUGUUCUGUAUCCCUUGGAUCUUUACAAUGACAGUGGAUACUACGCUUUGACAAAAUUUAAAAAGCAGUUUCUCUAUGACGAAAUUGAAGCCGAGGUGAAUCUGUGUUUUGACCAGUUUGUUUACAAGUUGGCAGAUCAAAUAUUUGCUUACUAUAAGGCCAUGGCUGGCAGUGUUCUUCUUGAUAAACGAUUCAGAGCUGAAUGCAAGAACUACGGCGUGAUCAUUCCCUAUCCACCAUCCAACCGAUACGAGACGCUACUAAAACAGAGACAUGUACAGCUUCUGGGGCGCUCUAUUGAUCUGAACAGAUUAAUUACACAAAGAAUAUCGGCUGCAGUGUACAAGUCUCUAGACCAGGCCAUCAGCCGCUUUGAGAGUGAAGACCUGACUUCCAUUGUGGAACUGGAGUGGCUGAUGGAAAUCAAUCGUCUGACUCACCGCCUUCUCUCGAAGCACAUGACCCUGGACAGCUUUGAUGCCAUGUUCAGGGAGGCCAAUCACAAUGUCUCGGCUCCCUACGGGCGCAUCACUCUCCAUGUCUUCUGGGAGCUGAACUUCGACUUCCUGCCCAACUACUGCUACAACGGCUCCACCAACAGGUUUGUGCGAACAGCAAUCCCCUUCACUCAAGAACCACAGCGAGACAAACCUGCCAAUGUGCAGCCAUACUACCUGUAUGGGUCUAAGCCCCUGAACAUUGCUUACUCCCACAUCUACAGCUCCUAUCGGAACUUUGUGGGUCCUCCUCACUUUAAGACGAUCUGCCGUCUUUUGGGGUACCAGGGGAUUGCGGUGGUGAUGGAAGAGCUGCUGAAGAUUGUCAAGAGCCUGCUGCAGGGAACAAUCCUUCAGUAUGUGAAAACACUGAUAGAAGUGAUGCCCAAAAUCUGUCGCCUUCCAAGACAUGAAUAUGGAUCUCCAGGUAUUCUGGAGUUUUUCCAUCACCAACUCAAAGACAUCAUAGAGUACGCAGAGCUGAAAACCGAUGUGUUCCAAAGUCUUCGAGAAGUGGGGAAUGCCAUCCUGUUCUGUCUCCUCAUCGAGCAAGCUUUGUCCCAGGAAGAAGUUUGUGAUUUACUUCACGCAGCACCAUUUCAAAACAUCCUGCCCAGAGUCUACAUAAAAGAGGGAGAGCGUUUAGAAGUCCGGAUGAAAAGACUAGAGGCCAAGUAUGCACCGCUUCAUCUGGUUCCUCUGAUUGAGAGGCUCGGGACCCCUCAGCAAAUCGCCAUUGCUAGGGAAGGGGACCUGCUGACCAAGGAGCGCCUCUGCUGCGGCCUCUCGAUGUUCGAGGUGAUCCUGACCCGAAUCCGUAGUUACCUGCAGGAUGCAGUGUGGAGAGGGCCUCCUCCCACCAACGGAGUGAUGCACGUGGAUGAGUGUCUGGAGUUCCAUCGGCUCUGGAGCGCAAUGCAGUUUGUCUACUGCAUCCCAGUGGGGACCAAUGAGUUUACUGCUGAGCAGUGUUUUGGGGAUGGGUUGAACUGGGCUGGCUGUUCCAUCAUUGUCUUGCUGGGACAGCAGCGUCGCUUUGACCUCUUUGAUUUCUGCUACCACCUCCUGAAAGUCCAGAGGCAGGAUGGGAAAGAUGAGAUAAUCAAAAAUGUGCCCCUGAAGAAAAUGGCUGACAGGAUCCGAAAGUACCAGAUUUUAAACAACGAGAUCUUUGCCAUUUUAAACAAGUACAUGAAGGCAGUGGAAACGGACAGUUCAACCGUGGAGCAUGUGCGCUGCUUCCAACCCCCUAUACACCAAUCCCUGGCCACCACCUGUUGAAAGCGGCACACGACUGGGCUGUGAGAUAGUAACCUGUGCGCCUGGCCUCCUGCAAGCUGGUAUUGAGUGUUAUACAUGCCCUGUACAUGCUGUUCAAAAUGAACAACCUGUUUGCCUUGUGUGACAGACUGAGAACGUUCAACUGACCUUAGCAUGCUCCUUAUGAAUUCUUUCAAAAGUGCACCAUGCCCAAAGUCACCGUGGUAUAUAAAACGAUGCCUCGCUGGUGUUUACAAGCAGUUUGUCAUCGAUACGGUCUCUGAAGAGAUCAAGUAUUUUCAAACUCAUUAAUCCUAGAAUCCUGUUUAGCAACUUGAGGAAUCAGAUUUCUUUGUUCAUAUAAAUAUCUAAACGAUAAGAAAUGCUAUUCUACUGUAUAUAAUAAGGCGUGUAGAAAAUGUGACUUGACAGAAAAUAAGGCAUUGUGCAGUUACAAUCCCCGGUCCCCAAAUGUAAGAAUCCCUCUAGAAUUAAAGGUAGACAGUAACAUAAACUGCUUUUAAGCUGUAUCCACACUGGAUGCGAAUACUUUAGAAGUCACUGCAGUCAAAUGGGAGUAUCCACACCAGCAGCGAGCGACGUCGCUUUGAGAAAAUUUUUGCAUUGCUAAAAUAGAACCUGUUUCUAUUUAUUUAUUUUUCGUCAUGUGACUGGAAUGAAACUGACCAAUCAGAAGCAAAGUUAACACCCUUGACACACGUCAAACACACGCCUCAAAACAAGUUAAUCCUGGACGACGAAAAGUUAAUUUAUGAGGUGCAGCAGUAUCAAUUAUUAUAUGAUUGCAAAUUGAACGACUACAAAGACAUCCAGAAGAAAGACAGUGCCUGGGUGGCUUGCAGGUGGUGUAUUUAGCACCACAAGACUUUCCGAUUAUGCAAGUUGCAUAAAAAUAGGUUUAUUAAUAAGCACAAAUAAACCAGACCAUACAUGCAGUCUACAUAUCCAGCAUUUAAAUAAAAAAUGUGCACUUUUUUGCUGGCUUUUAAAAAUGACAGUGUGGUAACCAAACAAGACCUGUUUUGUAAUGGGGCAGCCCAUCUCUAGUAUGUCCAAUGGGAAUGCAUGGGCGGGGUCAUGUAUUUAUUUCAAGUCUUUUGGAUCGUUUCCAAGUCGCGUCUGGUGUGGAUUGACAUUCAGCGAGUUCGCUCGCGUCGCUCUGUCCAGUGUGGAUGCAGCUUUACUUUACUGAAUGGCCUCAGAUGAUAUUAGUUGCCUUCCGUGAAUGAAGUGAUGACCAAACCAGGGUUAGAAAUUAGCAGUAACCUGGCACACUCCUAGCUCAUGGGUUCAGAACGGCCCUCAUUGAGGGUCACAAUAAAAUGAUCGGUUCACAAAAUGAGAGCAUAAUAGCAUAGCUAGAGUUCACACUUAAGUCUUUAGGUCAAUAAUUGGUUACUCAGCAGGAGUGUCCCAGUUAGGAGCAGAUCUGAUUGCUCACCUGUUCUCAAGUCUACAACAACACUUUAUACCACAGAGGUAGCAUUUUCUUAUUUUUUAUUGCUGUGUGAAAUUAUAAUUAUAAUUGUAUGUUUAACACACGUAUGAAAUAUUUCAGACAUCUUCGGCACAUCAAUUUUGUUAUUCCCAUACAUUGGGUACGGUUAUACACUGAAAGAUCAGGGGCUCUGGACCAUCAUUUUAAGUACAUUUAAGUUUCAAGUACAUACAAAACAUUAGCAAAGAAAAAAAAAACAGAUCUAUCCACUUUACCAAGAUAUGGUUUUAAUUAUUAAUCAUAAGGAUCUCUGGGAGGGGGUUCCUCAUGAGAGAGUCAUCCUGGAGCAUUACCUCAAAGCAACUCCCUUUUGUGUUUUAUUGCUUAAUCUGUUUCUUUUAAAAUGACAAAAGAGUUGCUUUACACCACCCUUUUCAGCACAUCUGCAUUAGAGACACAGAGAGGUAGCUGUGACUGACGCCUGAACCACCUAGAAUGUCUAUCUAUCUAUUGAGAGAACCAAAGGAGGGGGAAGAUGGCUGUAUGAUUCUACCACUAACCACUGUUGACUGCUGUUUGUUUUUAAUUUGUUUGAGUUUGUUGUCGGUGUAGGUAAGCAGAAAUCAAGCACAGUAAAUAGAGAAGUGUUACACGUUCAAUUAAAUGUGUUCUACUGAUGGAAAAGGGGGGUUUAAUUAGGCAUAAGAAUUAAUCACUGAAAGACUUAUCGUUCACAUUGUUUUCUGAACUCAUUACAGCUGUAUCUUUCAUAUACCUUUCUGCCUAAAAAACGGUACCAGUAUAUGAAAUGUAAACAUUUUCCUCUUUAAUGUGUGUGCGGUCAUUCAUGAAAACAAGAACAAAGGUAUUCAUUUUAACUCUUGUUAGCUUUUUUAAAUUAAAAUGGUAAAAUUUACAAAUAAACGGUUGCAAAGUAACUCUUCAGUUGUGUAGAUGUGCUAAAGUUUACACUUUUUAAGAGAGAAAGCCAGCUGGGGCAUCGUUGUGAAGCAAACGAUUAAGGCAACAUCAAAUUAGAAUGACAAUUGGAAAACCAAACAGAAAUGUCCUUUUAAAUAGAUACAAGUAAGAGAAAGCAAAAGGCAAAUGUACAGGGAAUAGGUCAAAAAUCCCAUUUUAUUAGGUACCAUUGACAUUUAAUUGAUCAUGUUUGUUCCUAUUGUAAUUUCAAUUUAACUGUGUACAUUUCACACAUCUCUAAACAUUACUGGUUUGUUUUAGUUUCACAAAACAAUGUUGACCAAGAAGUGUAACCAUCUAACAGCUUUGCUGAGUUUGUUUUUACCAACCAACUGUGGUACCAUGGUAAAUACAUAUGGUGUGUCACAUUACCUCAAUACCAUUCCUGUUGCGUACUGUGGCAACUAUUCAAACAAUCCUCUUUCUCGUGGUCUACUAUUGCUCCAGGUUUCAAAGCAAACAUGUUUAUCCUGACCUGUUCAUGAACUGAAUCGUUUACAUCUGCAUUCAUAGCUUUUGAAAAAUCAUUUUUCACAGGGUAUAUUUGAUACAGUAAGAAUUCCAGGACCUACAAGUGGAUGUCAGAAUAUUUAAAAAAAUGAGACAGUGCUGUACAGCCACUGGAGUACUAAAUGAACCAGUGGAAUUGGAGAAUAAAAUAAUGUGUUAUUCCUUGCUGUUGAAAUGGUUUUUUUGUGAUUCGAUCAUGUAUAAAUAUUUAUUCAUCUGGAUAAACAGUUGGUUUAUACAGCGGUAUUAUUAACAAUCCUUUACUUUGUAUUUUAGCAGUGCCACAUAAAUCUAUAUUUUUUCAUGUUAAGUUUCAAAAAGCAAAUGCAUUUUGACAACUGGUUAAAAAAGUGACGGAAUGCAUGGCUUUUGAUGUAAAAUAUUUUGUUUAUUGCAUUUUCUCUACCUUUUAACUUUUUUUCAGUUUAAUGUUAUUUUUGUGUAUUUUGAAUUGCUUAAACUGAUAAACUGUAUUUGUUGAUACCGGUACAUGAAUCCAUUGUACUUUUACAGAAAGACUGAACAUGUUAUUUAAUUUAAAUUUUCAUACGAUAGCAUGGCAGGUGUAACUUAUUGUUCUUAUGAUUCUAAGUGUGGCAUACAGUUUUGUUCUUAAUAAUGUUGUAUGAGUGCUAAUGUUCUUAAGAAACUCCUAUUGAAGGAUAAAUACAAAGCAAUGUUGUAUCUCCAUUAAAUAAAAUAUAAUUUAAACAAAGAGAAAGAUUUUCUGUUACAAAUAUUGUGACAUUAUUAUUGUUAAUAUCAUCCAUUAAAUGGGUUGAAGUUCCUG